UAAUUAUUUCGCAGCCAUCGCGAGAUACUUCCUGACCCGGUGCUGUUCCAUCAAUACGACGAAGACAUCGCACGGCUGUUAUAUCUGAGAGACCCAUUAAUUUAUCUCACCAUAUUUCCGUCAUCAUGGGUUGGUUCUGGGCAGACACAACCUCCUCCUCAGCAGCGCCACACCCUAUCCCUACAGGCAACGCCUCCAACUCGCCUCCUCCAUCAUGUCCGAUGCAUCAGAAGACAACAACACCAUCAGCACCGCCACCAUCAGCAAUCCCACAAAAUGAAGCACCAUCAUCACGACCGUCAGAACCCACGCCCUCCUACGUCUCCAAGUUGAACCCUCUCAACUACAUGCCCACCCACAUCUCCAACAAACGCGAAUCCGACCACCAAUCCGUCUCGCUCCCCCUCGAGCGCGAAGAAUCCACCAUCCCCCGCGGCGAUGGCCAGGGCAUGUGGGACUACCCUUCGCCGCAACAGAUGUACAACGCCAUGCUGCGCAAAGGCUACACAGACACGCCCGCCGAACACGUCGAGGCCAUGGUGGCCGUGCACAACUUCCUAAACGAAGGCGCCUGGGAAGAGAUCAAGGGAUGGGAAGCGCGCUUCGCGACAGGGUUGAGCGAUGGCUACCGCCGAUGCUCCAUGGGCGAAGAGAACACCCCGCGACAGCUCGCCAUCGAAGCCCUCAAGAACCGCAAGGCCACCGUCGAGGAACCCACCCUCCUCCGCUUCCAAGGCCGACCCAACGACCCUACCCCCAAGGCGCGCAUGCUAGGCUUCAUGGCAUGGCUCUAUCCCUCUCAGUUCGCGAACAAUCCACCCUUCGACCGCCACGACUGGUUCGUCCAGCGCCAUCUCCCGAACGGCCAGACGAAACAGGUCCGCUACGUGAUCGAUUACUACUCCGGCCCGCCGGAACCUACCGGCGAGCCGGUCUUCUACUUGGACGUCCGGCCCGCGAUCGAUGGGCCUACGGGCGCCGCGGAGAGGAUGGUCAGAUGGGGAACGGACGUCUGGUGGAGAGCGAGUGGUGGGAGCGUGAGGGAGGAACUCGCGAGGGAGAAGGCGAGGCAGGCGAGUUGAGAGUUUCACUACAAACGACGACCUCUUGAUCUUCCUCCCGGGAUGGGAUAUCUUUGAUCGUGCCUCUUUCCCCUCUCUUUCUUUGGGAAGAUCCCUACUUUUCUGGAGAGUCGAGGAGUUCUUCGAGGCAAGCGCGAUUCCUACGCUAUAAUGAUGAAUGAGUGAGGCGAUGGAUGGAUUCUGUUGGCUUUUUCUUUUCUUGCACUGUUCGAAUCUAUGCAUGUAUAUAUCCUUCCCUGCUUUCUUGUCAUCUAAAUGUCCGAUGUAUUACUAUUUAGACCUUCUUCUCUCCUCAACUCUUUGCGAUAUUAUUGUCAUCGCCCAAUUCCAAACUCUCCCUCAAGCUUU